AUGUAUCGGUUACAGUUUUAUUUAAUAUAUUUUUCAUUAAUACUUCUCGGUUCUAUUGAGACCUUGCAAAAGGCAAAAAAUAAUGGCGACACAUAUAUUGUGGCUGAAGAGACUUUUCUUAAGGAUAUUAAGCAAAGUACGGAAGCCGCUCUAUUGAGUACUACCAGCACCAGUUCAUCAGAAAAGUCUAAUAUGAUUAAUUUGGAUGAUAUGAUUUCGACUUGCAAUACUAGUUUUUACAUACCAAUGCAAUAUUAUGUGAAAUUUAAUAGGACGGGUGAAUUGCCAGAUCUGGUGGAUAAAACGGGCAUGUGUUUUAUACGUUGCGUAUUUGAAAAAUCUGGUUUUAUCGAAAAUUGGAAGUUAAAUGCUGAGAAAAUACGUGCAAAUAUUUGGCCAGCCACGGGUGAUUCCAUAGAAGUUUGUGAGAAAGAAGGAGCUAAAGAGAAUAAUGCCUGUGUACGGACCUACGCGAUUGCUAAGUGCUUGACAUUACGAUCAUUGGUCGAUGCUAGAAAUAACCCAGUUUGA